GUUGCGUGGCCAGUUGCUAGAACUCCCAACUAUCAACUCUUGCUUCAGCGCAGUCUUCGCUGGUCCCAAUUUGAGUCGCACUUUAAGACUUUCACCUCUACAAGUCUAAGAACACAGCUUAGUCACCGCCCGCUGGGGCCAGUCUUGCGAUGGCGCGUGGUGAUGAUGCCAGCACCAACGGGACAAAACAGCAGGGCGCCACCCUGCCGAAGCUGCUGCCCGGCACCAACCCGCUCGUGGCUGCUGCGCGGGUUGGCCUGGCGGUGACGGAGGGCGGUGUGGAGGGGCUGGUGAACCUGUGGAACAACGCACUGGAGCUGCUGCCGGGCCCGCUGCGGCGGCUGGUGGUCCGGGAGCCGUACACGGAUGCGGACCUCCGGGGCAAGGUUGCCAUCGUGACGGGUGGCAAUGCGGGCAUCGGCUUCGCCACCGCGCAGCAGCUGGCCCGCCGCGGCGCGCAUGUGGUGAUCGCCUGCCGCGACCCCGAGCGCGCGCAGGCGGCGGUGCAGCGCAUUGCGGCAACCACGAAACCGCUCUUCCCCGCGGCGCUGCCGCCCGCCAAGGAUGCUGCGGGCAAGGCUGCGGGCGCCGCCGCUGGGUCCGGAAGCGCGGUGCAGGUGGAGGCGAUGCAGCUGGAUCUGGGUCGGCUGGCGAGCGUGCGCGACUUUGCGGAGCAGUGGCGGCGCCGGGGGCUGCCGCUGCACCUGCUGGUGUGCAAUGCGGGUAUCAUGUCGCCGCUCACACGCACCACAACCGCCGACGGACUGGAGGUCCAGUUCCAGGUCAACUUCCUGUCACAUUGGCUGCUCACCAACCUCCUGAUGGAGCACGAGCACGCCCGCCGCCGCAAGGCCAGGGAGGCGGGCGGCGGCAGUAGCAGCGGCAGUAGCAGCGGCAGUAGCAGCGGCAGUAGCAACACGGGGACGCGGGUGGUAGUGGUGAGCAGCGUGGUUCACCGGGCGGGGCCGCUGCAGUGGCCCGACCUCAACAGCGAGCGAUGCUAUGAGCCGUACGUCACGUACGGGCUGAGUAAGCUUGCUGACGCCAUGAUGGCGGCGGAGCUGCAGCGCCGCUUCGACAGGCACCCUGAGCCGGCCACCUCCGCAUCCCAAACCAACACCACCAACAACCAAAGCAGCACCAGCAACCACGCCAACAGCACCGGUAACACCACCAACGACCCCUUCGCCUCCGACGCCGCGGUGUCGCUGCACCCCGGCCUGGUCCGCACCCACCUGGCCGACAACUUCUUCCGCAGCUACGGCGGAGCGCAGCUGGGCGGCGUGCGGCCGCUGGUGGCGGCGUGGCACGGCUUCCUGGACACGGUGGGCCAGGCCCUGCUGGCCACCCCCGAUCAGGCCGCGCACCGCAUGCUGACGGCCUGCCUGGGCCCCGCCGGCCGCCUGGGGGGCAGGUACAUGGCACUGGGGGCGCUGUACCCGGCGGCGGCGGACACGCGGGACGCCGCCAAGGCUGCCGAGCUUUGGGCGGUGGCGUCACGACUGACCGGACACACGCCUGCGCCAUCGCUAUCCUAGUGGGCGGCAGUGGGCGGCAGUGGGCGGCAGGGGAAGAGGGUGGGCUAGCGAGGAUACGGCAAGCGCCGCCGCCGCCGCCGCCGCCGCCACAUGCGGCUGCAGCGACUUUUUUCUGGUUUCCCGGCGCGGAGUGGUGGACGGAAUGAGAUGCAUGUUUGUAGUGCUUCAGUGCGGGGAUGUCCACGUGACGCAUAUGAAGAGUGCACUGCAUGACGUCACCGAGGAUGAUGAAGAAGUUGGUUGCAAUGGCCUAGUGAUAGCGAUGGCCUGAGUGCGCUGCACUGCACCUGUGUGUGUAUGUGAGCACAUAGGUGGUGCGGCGGCGGCCGUUAGGAUGCGCGUGCUUCAGUGCUUGUACCGAUGGGAUAGGCAUACAGAUUCGCAUCAUGUGGAUAUGCUAGCGCAUGUGAGUGAGGCUGGCAUGUGACAAAAGGGGCCACCGGCCACGUACGACCAGAGCACAUACGAGUAAGGUCGAGACAACUGUUCGUCGGGGUGGAACGGCGGGGCUGCACGUGACCGUGGCAACGGUGCACGCAAGGGAGGCCUGUACCGCCAUUCAUGUGAGGCAAGACUGCGGACACGAUUGGGCGGUG